AGUGUUUCCAAAGUCCUCUGGUCUCUUAUCUCUCUCAGGAUAAUGCGAGGCAGUGAAGGCGAAGGAGGUAGAUCGGACAUGGAUUGUAUAGAGAUCGAGACUACUGCAGAGGCUCUCGAGAGAUCUAUGACAUUCCAUUUCGUCAAAGAGAUAAUUGGCUAUGUCCUCUACAUGAACCAGCAGAUCCCUGCUGUCUUACAGGAUCUCACCCUUGAAUUUGAUUCACUGCAGUCAGAAAGGAAAAGUUUGGAGCUGGCUCUAUCGCAAGAGGAAAUGAAAGCGUCUUCUCGAAGGAAACACAAUGGGAGAAUGAGAGAGCUGAAACAGGGAGUCAGGAAAUUGGAGAAAUUAAUGAAUUCCAUCUCUAACAUCCAAACUGCUAUGCAACUGGUGCUUAAUGAGAUUCCUGAUAUCCAGGGAGUCAUUAUAGUCCUUGGAUCAAAUCCUGUACGGCCUCGACAUGUUUAUGAAAUGUGUUUUUCACAUGGAAAAGUUACUAUGGAACUAACAAAUGAUUUCACAAAAAGCAAAGCAGCAGAGAUGCUUUCAAGAAAGGCAAUUCGAUCUCUUAUAUCCAAAGGAGCAGAAUCCAUGCCUUAUGCUAGCCCGACAAAGUUGUUUCUUUUGGUUAAAGCUCCCUCUUCUUUCAACCUGCCUGCUCAUUUUCUUCCUAAACGCGACUUCAGAUACAGCAGAAAGGUAGUACCCUGCAGAUUAUGUGUUAAGUGUAAGAUCAAGGAUCAGGAUAUGGAUGCAUCACAGCAUAGUCCCCAAACUGCAACCCCUAACAAAUCACCAGAUUCCACCGAGAAUGAUCUGAUCUGGUUUCAAUGUAGACACACAAUCAAGGGCUUACCUUCCCCAACGCCACAAACAGAAGAAUGAUAAGUUUGGUCUCACCUUGUUCUUACUUCUCAUCCUCUUCUGACUCAAGUCAUGUUCUGUUGUAUAGGUAAACCAGUGUUGUAAUGUUUUGAUUGUUUGGUACAAAUCUGAUUAGUGCUAUUAUUAGUUUAUUCCCCCUUGCUGUUAACACAUUUAGGCUGCUUCAACGUUCCAAAUACCAUCAUAAAUCAAAUCAUUCACUGCA